AUGGCUGACGCGAAGCCGCAGACCCUCCGCGCGUGGCUGCACUCCGCCUUCAAGUCGCGCGGCAACGCGGAGGCCAUCGUCGUCACGCAGGGAGGCCCCGCCGUGACUCACGCCGCGCUCGAGGCGGCGGUGGAUGCGGUGGCAGCGCAGCUAAGGGCGCUGGGAGUGCGACCCGGCGAUCUCGUGUCCCUCGCCUUCCCUAACUCCCUCGAGUUCGUGAUCCUUUUCCUCGCAGUAACUCGCGUACGCGCCACAGCAGCUCCGCUAAACGCAGCGUACACGGAGGAGGAGUUCAAGUUCUAUAUGGAGGACGCGCAGGCGCGCCUGCUGCUGCUGCCCGAGGGCGGCACUCCCAAGGCCCAGGCGGCCGCUACCGCCUUGGGAGUACCGGUGGCGCAUGCUGGGAGCUACGGAGGCGAGGAAGGAGUCCCCCUGCGCCCCUCUGAAGGCCUCUCCGCCCUCCCACCCGCCGACAUCCCCGACGGUCCCGGCCCCGGGCCCACACCCGACCCCGCUGACGUGGCACUCUUCCUGCACACGUCAGGCACGACGAGCCGCCCAAAAGGCGUGCCGCUGACACAUGGCAACCUGGCAGCAUCCAUAGGGAACAUCAUUGACACAUACGACCUCACUUCUGCCGACCGGUCUUACCUAGUCAUGCCUCUGUUCCAUGUGCAUGGGCUUAUGGCUGCUCUGCUCGCCUCUCUCUCCUCUGGGGGUUCCGUGGUUCUCCCUGCUUCUGGCCGAUUCUCCGCGUCGACUUUCUGGGACGAAGUGGUGCAGAGCGGUGCCACGUGGUACACCGCGGUGCCGACGAUGCACCAGAUCCUCCUCUCCCGCCACCGCUCCCACGGCCCACCCACCCUCUCGGGAAAACCCCAGGAGAAACCUCAGGUGGAAUCUCAGGGGGAAUCCGCCGCCCCUGUUGCUGCCUACCCACCUCUGCGUUUCAUCCGCAGCUGCAGUGCCAGCCUGGCAGCAGCAGUGCUGGAGGAAAUGGAAACAGUCUUCGGCGCUCCUGUGCUCGAAGCCUAUGCUAUGACCGAAGCAAGCCACCAAAUGACUGCCAACCCCCUCCCUUCCAAGGGCCCCCAUAAGGCUGGAUCGGUUGGGUUGCCGACAGGAAUCGAACUCGCGAUCUUGGACGAGCAGGGGAGGGAGCUGGGGGUGGGGGAGCGUGGCGAGGUGUGCAUUCGCGGGGCGAACGUUACAGCUGGUUACCACAGCAACCCGGCGGCGAAUGAGGCGGCGUUUGCCUUCGGGUGGUUCCACACGGGAGACGAGGGGAAGAGGGACGAGGAGGGGUACUUGUACCUGACGGGGAGGCUCAAGGAGUUGAUCAACAGGGGUGGGGAGAAGAUCUCGCCUCUUGAGGUGGAUGCUGCACUGCUGGCUGUGAAAGGGGUUUCUGAGGCCGUUGCUUUCUCUGCGCCUGAUGCCCACUACGGGGAAGAGGUGAAUGCAGCAGUGGUGUUGGAGCCAGGUGUUUCGCUCACCCAGGAGGAGGUGCAGGAGCACCUGAAGAAUCACCUGGCGGCGUUCAAGCUGCCCAAGCGCGUCUUCUUUGUGGACCAUCUCCCCCGCACCGCCACCGGCAAGAUCCAGCGCCGCUUUGUUGCCCAGGCCAUGCUGGGAGGAGGAGACAGCGCUGCUGCUCCUGCUCCUGCUGCAGCUCCGGCUGCUGCUGCUGCUGCAACCCCCUCCCCCACAACAUCCUCCACCACUCUAGACGCCCCUUCCCUCAUCGCCCUCUCUCUCGCUCGUCUCGGCGUCACCCACCUGUUCGGCGUCAUCGGCAUUCCCGUAACCGCCGUCGCCACAGCAGCACAGCAGCAGGGAAUCCGUUUCCUCUCCUUCCGCAACGAGCAGGCAGCAGGCUACGCUGCAGCAGCCUACGGGUACCUCACAGGAACCCCCGGCGUGCUGCUUACUGUGUCAGGCCCAGGGUGUGUGCAUGCACUAGCAGGUGUGAGUCAUGCUCAGGUGAAUACCUGGCCUCUGUUGCUGCUCUCAGGGUCGUGCACUCAGGGGGACGUGGGUCAGGGGGAUUUUCAGGAGUUGGAUCAGGUGGGAGUGGUUCGUCCGUUUGUGAAGGAAUACGGGCGGGCGAAGAGGAUUGAGGAGAUCCCAGGGGUAGUGAAGCUGGCGGCGGAGGCUACAGUGGCCGGCCGGCCUGGUGCGGCGUAUGUGGACCUUCCAGCUGACGUGCUGCACGGGAGUAUCUCCGAGGAAGAUGCGAGGAAGCUUCUGGAGGACGUGAAGCCGCUGGUUCCGCUCUGGCGCACCGCUCUGGACCCCUCUGCACCGCUUGCAACAGCGCUCGAGUCGAGUAUCACAGAGGCUAUUGGUUUGCUGAGGGAAGCUAAGGCACCGCUGCUGGUGGUGGGGAAGGGAGCAGCAUACGCUCAUGCUGAGAAGCAAAUAGCAGCACUGGUGGAAUCGACAGGGAUUCCUUUUCUUCCCACACCCAUGGGGAAGGGUGUUUUGUCCGAUUCGCACCCGCUGUGCGUCUCUGCUGCUCGCUCAUUGGCUCUUUCUCAAGCUGACGUGGCACUUGUGGUCGGCGCGAGGCUCAACUGGAUCCUGCAUUUUGGCCAGCCGCCAAAAUGGGCGGCGGGAGUGAAGUUUGUCCUGGUGGAUGUGGACGAAAGCGAGGUGGCGCAGAGGCGGCCGGCGGUGGGGCUGGUGGGCGAUGCCCGGGUGGUGGUUGGGCGGCUUGCAGCGAGGUGGGCGGUGGAAGGAGGGCAGAAGCUUCCAGAAGACAACCCCUGGGUGGCAAAGUUAAAGGCCAAGGCAUCAGCCAACACGGUCCGAAUGGAGUCCCUUCUUUCAAAGGACGCCCACCCGCUCAAUUUCCACUGCUCCCUGCGCGUCCUGCGUGACAAGCUAGCCGCGCUGCCCCCCUCCGUCACCACGCUGCUGUGCUCGGAAGGCGCCAACACCAUGGACAUGGGCAGAACCAUUCUCCCCCAGCUAACCCCUCGGUCGAGGCUCGAUGCUGCAACGUGGGGGACCAUGGGCGUGGGGUUGGGGUAUGCUGUGGCUGCUGCUGUGGCGCCGUUAGGGGAGGAGGGGAGUGGGAGUGAGGAGGAGGAGAAGGGGAGCGGGGAGCCGCUGGUGGUGGCUUUGGAGGGGGACAGCGCAUUUGGGUUCAGUGGCAUGGAGAUUGAGACCAUGGUGCGUUACAAUCUGCCGAUAGUGGUGAUAGUGAUGAACAACGGGGGCAUCUACGGCGGCGAUCGCAGGGGGCCCGUCAGCCUCCCAGACAACACUCGCAGCGACCCACCGCCCACCUCCUUUGUGGAAGGCGCCCGUUACGACCGCAUGAUGGAAGCGUUCGGAGGACGCGGUUACCACGUUACCACGGUGCAGGAGCUGGGAGCGGCGCUGGAGCAGGCGUUUGGGGAGAGGAAGCCUGCAGUGGUGAAUGUGGUGAUUGAUCCCCUCGCUGGUGCUGAAAGUGGUCGCUUGACCCACAAGAAUUAA